GAAACAUCAGACUGAGGACAGAAACACACCAGCUCUGAGAAAUGACUCAAACUCAAUACUUCCUCCUGCUGAUUGCUCUCUGCUCCAUAUCUGAAUGUGUUCAGCGUCAGUAUCACUUUAUAAAUGAGAAGAAGACCUGGACUGAAGCUCAGAGAUACUGCAGAGAGAAAUACACAGAUCUGGCCACUGUUGACAACAUGAAUGACACGAUCCGGCUGAGGAAAAGUGUGAAUGAUGAACGCAUCUGGAUUGGUCUUCAGAAGACGAGUGUUUAUAAAUGGCAUUGGUCUUCAGGUGAUCCUGCGCUCUAUCUGAACUUGUCAUCUAGUCCAGCCAACAAUAAUAAUUGUACUUCUAAGAUGAGAAAUGGACAGUGGUCUGUUGUGCCAUGUAAUAACAACAAUUACUUCAUCUGCUACAACAUGAGCAGAGGAUUCGUGUUUGUCAAUCAGACGAUGAACUGGACAGCUGCUCAGAGUUACUGCAGACAGAAUCACACUGACCUGGUCACUGUGAGGAACCAGAAUGAGAAUCAACAGCUGGAGAAGUUCAUUAAUGACAGAAACUUUUCUAGAUCUUCAGUCUGGAUCGGUCUGUUCAGAGACACAUGGCAGUGGUCAGAUCAGAGCAACUCCUCAUUCAGAUACUGGGAUACUGGUAAACCAAAUAAUUCUGGAGGUAAUGAAAGCUGCACAGUGAUUGGUCAGAAUUCUCAGAGAGGAUGGGAAGAAGUCUCUUGUGACCGCCAGUAUCCUUUUGUGUGUCAUGAAGAUAAACUGAUUGUGAUCCAGCAGAAUCUGUCGUGGUCUGAAGCUCUGAGAUACUGCAGACAGAAUCAUGUGGAUCUGGUCUCGGUUCAGUCAGUGGAGAUGCAGCGUCGUGUGAUGAACGUGGUUAAACUGGCAACUACUGAGGCGGUGUGGUUGGGUUUGCGUUUCUCCCACAUUUCGGGCAUCUGGUUCUGGGUGAGUGGAGAGACCGUGUGCUAUCAGAACUGGGCUCCAGGGAACGGCACAUCAGAGGAGGACUGUGAACCCACAGUGAGAUCUGGAGCAGUUCAGUCUGAAGGAGAUCAGACCUGGAUCAGCCGUCCUGAAACUGACAGACUCAACUUCAUCUGCAGCAGAUAUGAGUAAAUGA